AUGACAGAAAGUGGAAAAGAUACGAGUAUUCUCCUCUCGAGAAGGAUGGAUGUAGUGGUCACCCUCAUGCUAGGCUUGAUAACGUACUGCCAAAUGAGUUUAGUACAAGAAAAUCAAUCUAUCGCUUCUCUCGAAGUCGGCCUUGAAGUUUAUCUCAGCACCAGCACAUUUAUAAAGAUCAGACACGAGUUACAGAACUUUAGACUGUCAGAAAAAUACUCAUUAGUUAUAUUUUUCAAUAAUAUAUUUCAAUAUUUUGAACGGAAGUUUGAAAAGUAUCGCAGUUCAGAUAUUAAAGACGAAAUAUGCGAGAGGAGGAAAAGCCGAGCUCAUGAAUAA